AUGGGGAAUAAAUGUACAUUUGAUUAUAAUCUAUUUUAUGAUAAUAAAAGCUAUUACAAUAUGUUCGAAUUUGACUCAUUAAACUUGAAUACAGAUCCUUUUGGUUUUCCUGUUAAUCAUGAUAAUAAUUCAUCAUUUGGAGGUCAAUCUGACGCUUUUGAAAACUUAAUGUUUCCUCAAACUAAAAUAUUUGAGGAUCAAUUUCCUGAAUUAGUUGGAGGUAAUGCUAUUGAUAUAUAUGAUUGUGGUUCGUCAUCUGGUUAUGGAUCACCUGGUCCUACUUCAACACCUAUAAAUAAUCCUGAUGGUCUUUAUUUUGGUUUAGGAAUUCAACAAGUUCCAGCAAUUGCACCAUUUAAAAAUAUAUUAAAUGAAGGAGGAAAUAAAUUUGAAGAUAAUGAUAAUUUUAUGAAAUUUUUACCUCAAGCUGAGGUAAAUCCAAAUAAUUUUUUGUUUAACAAAGCAUUCAAUGUUAUACCUAAUGAACCAAUAUUACCACCAUCAAUUAUCUCAAAAACCAUAAAACCAUAUCCUGAUGGUGUUAUGGAAGAGAUUUGUCUCCCAAAAAAAAAUAAUAAUUCAAAGAAAGAGGAAUCAAAAGUUGCUGCUACUGAUGAUGGUUUUGAUCCAGAAGAGAUAGCUGAAUUUUCACGACUUUUAUCAUCACCAAAAAAAGCUCCACCAUCUAAAUAUCAAUGUCACAUAUGUUUUAAGACCGGUCAUUACAUUUCUGACUGUCCAUCUCGCUUCAGUAGCCCAUUUGAAGAAUUAACUCCAUAUCAAGGUCGCAAAAAAUGUUAUGGAGAAUUUCAAUGCCAACAAUGUAAAAGAAAAUGGACUUCACAAAAUUCUGUUGCUAAUGAAGCUCAGUCAUGCAUUAAAUGUCAUAUAUCUGUUUUUCCACAUAAACAGUUGCCAGUAGAAAAAGCUGUUUCAUUAGGAUUAGUAAAACCAUCUAAAUUUGUACCACAAGGAAAAAUAGCUCCAAUUGGAAGUGGAAGACCAACUCAUGUAUCACAUUAA